AUGCCAGACCACCAUUCGAUCGACAUCGAGAAUGUGCCAAUAGUCACGCCGCCACCAUACAUGGAUCCAGCCAACUCUCAGGCGAAGAAGAAGAUGUCGAGAAUUCGCAAGGAAUCCGUGUCUCACAUGAAGCCGUGCGAGCAUUGUGGAGCUCCACCACAGGCGCAGGCAGCUAACUUGCCACACGAGCAAGUGCUCGUCUGGCCAGCAGUCCGCCCGGUCAACCACAUCCAUCAGGACUCUCGCCAAUUCAUCGGAUACGUCAUCGUCAUUGCAAUCGUCAUCUUCUUGCUGUUCGCCGCGUGCAAGUAUUUGCCUUAA